AUGGGGGAUUUCAAUUUAGCGUUGGUAAUCGUUGCAAUAAUCGUGUGUGUGCUGGUGUUUAUAUUCAACUUGUACCUCCUUGUAAACUACCAGCAUCCAGAUGAUGCUAAUCAGGCGUAUUUCCCCAAAUUCGUCGUUGUUUUGGGUCUCUCCGUUGCGGCAAUUUCGAUUUUAAUGCUUCCAGCGGAUGUGGCUAACCGGCAGGCUUGCCGGCACGCGAUUUAUAAUGGUGCGUGUAACCUUACGCUCCCAAUGAAGGACCUGUGGCUCGCCAUCUACAUUAUUGAUGCCAUCCUUGUGUUUUUCGUCAUUCCAUUUGCAAUGUUCUACUAUGAAGGCGACAUGGAUAAAAGUGUUUGGAAAAGGAUGAAAAGUGCAUUGUUGUGGGUGAUAACGACAGCUGUUGUUUGUGCUUUGGUUCUAGGGAUUUUGUAUGGACUUGUCGGUAAGGUGGACUUCACAGUUCGACACCUAUCCUCAUCCACUGAAUCCUUUCCAUCUACUUGGGGCCUCACCAGAGGUCAACACUGUGUUGGAAAUGGAGCACGGCAGUGCUCUGCAUAUUCUGCCAGUGCUUCAUCCGAGACAACAUGGACUAUGCGAACUACCUUCCCAGAAUAUGUUGUUGCUCUAGCUACAAUUGUUGGAUCUGUGCUUUUCACUAUAUUUGGUGGUGUGGGCAUUGCUUGCCUUCCAUUGGGACUGAUAUUUUCAUUCAUCAGACGUCCAAAGGCUGUUAUAACACGUUCGCAGUAUAUCAAGGAAGCAACUGAACUUAGUAAAAAAGCUAGAGAAUUGAAAAAAGCAGCUGAUGCACUUCAUCAAGAGGAAAGGAGUGGUAAUAAGGGAAGAAAAUGGCGUAAAAAUGUGAAAGCAGUAGAAAAGGAGCUACUUCUCUUGGAAGAAGAUGUGAAGGCAUUGGAAGAGAUGUACCCUCAAGGUGAAAAGGCUGAGGCUUCAUGGGCUAUGACUGUUCUUGGCUACCUAGCCAAACUUGUACUGGGAGUUCUAGGGCUGAUUGUUUCAGUGGCUUGGACUGCACAUAUUGUCAUAUAUUUGCUGAUUGACCCUCCUAUUUCUGCAUUCCUUAAUGAGAUCUUCAUCAAAUUGGAUGAUGUUUGGGGUCUGCUGGGGACUGCAGCAUUUGCAUUCUUCUGCUUCUAUCUACUGCUUGCAGUCAUCGCUGGGGCAAUGAUGCUUGGAUUGAAAUUAGUUUUUAUAACUAUCCAUCCUAUGAAAUGGGGAGCCACACUCAUGAAUUCUUUUCUUUUUAAUGUGGGUCUCAUUCUCCUUUGCUCAAUCAGUGUGAUCCAGUUCUGUGCCACUGCAUUUGCAUACUAUGCACAAGCUACUGCUGCUCAAGAAAUAUUUGGUCACACCUUGCAAUCUCUUCGGGGAAUCAAAUAUUUAUACAAGUAUAAUGUGUUUCAGAUUGGAUUCAUUGUUCUGGCAGGGCUGACUUUUGUGUAUUACUCAGCUUUUGGGUGGAGAAGAAAAAAGCCCAGUGGCAGAUUCCAGCUUUCCACAUAA